AUGACCGGUACUAUAAUUGAAAACCUAAGUGGUAGAAAACUCGCAGUACUUGUAACAUUACUUUUAUUGUGUCAAGUGAUAUGUUUUCUAAUCGGCGGUUUGGUCGCACCCAUGCCAGCGAAUACACAAACCAUUUUAGGUACAGUGUGUAAAGAUACUUCUGUUAUGAAAAAUGAUACAUCGAAAUGGUUUUACAAUCGAGGUAAAGGUAGCUGCCAGACGGUUGACCUUGGCGAAACUCAUCACGAUCUGUCGGAAAGAGAUAUCGUGUUUGCAUUCCAAAUGCCCGUGCCUCGCGAGGGCGAGAGGUUUGACUACUCUAGAUGGCAACAGAAUCUAAUCGGAGUACUUCAAUUAGACGUGCGUUACCACUCACAAAUGGAGGUAAAACCGCGCAGUACGGUAACAAUAGACGCUAGACUAGCUUACCGAAACAAAGGAGACCCGGACGAUGAAUGGAAGUUGUACACGCAAUCGAUUGAAAAACGAAACCUAGACUGUGACAUUGACGUUAAAUCAGAAGAAUACUUGUACAAUUGUUCCACCAUACCACUAUUUGAGCUUGGAUCUUUAUAUCAUGACUACUACUUGUUAAAUAUAAGACUUCCAGUGAACACACCCGAUAUGAAUGUUCAUAUAGGUCACUUGCAGGAUAUAUGGGUGACUGUUAUUAAUCAAAAUGGAGGUUUCACUAAAGUCUGGCUAUCAUUAAAAACAGCUUUCUUCCCCUGCAUUAUCGCUAUACUUGUUUGGUUUUGGAAUAGAAUUCACAUGUUGGAACGUAAACCUGUUUUACUAGAAAAGAUGUUGUUGAGUUUAGGUAUAUCUCUUUGUUUACUGAACGCACCCAUUGAAUAUUUAACACUCCAGUAUGAUUUACCCUUCAUGUUGCUCUUAGGAGACAUAAGACAGGGCCUGUUCUAUGCAACAUUAUUUUCAUUUUGGCUCAUUUUUGCUGGCGAGCACAUGUUAAUUCAGGACACCUCUUCACAGAGUUCAUUGAAGCAGUACUGGCGUCAUUUGAGUGCUGUAGCUAUGGGUUGUGUAUCAUUAUUCAUAUUUGAUAUGUGUGAACGAGGAAUUCAACUCCGUAAUCCAUUUUAUUCUAUAUGGGUGACAGAUUUGGGCACUAAUUUGGCGUUAACAUUUAUAAUAUUGGCUGGCAUUUCUACUGGAGUGUACUUUUUGUUCCUAUGCUAUAUGGUGUGGAAGGUAUUCAAGAAUAUCUCUCAUAAGCGACAGGCAUUACCAACUAUGUGUUCAGUUCGACGACUACAUUACGAAGGAAUCAUAUAUCGUUUCAAGUUUCUGAUGUUGGCUACCCUUCUAUGUGCUGCUUUAACCGUUAUCGGUUUUAUUCUGGGUCAAGUUGCCGAGGGACAAUGGAAAUGGGAUGAGACCAUUGAAUUGGAAUAUACUUCGGCAUUCUUUACUGGUGUCUAUGGAAUGUGGAAUAUUUAUAUAUUUUCUCUGCUUGUAUUGUAUGCCCCAAGUCACAAGCGUUGGCCGGUUAACGAAAACACGUCUGAUACUCAGAACUUAAGCGAGGAAAUUGAAUUCAGUCCCAUUCCGGAGAGAAGUGAGAUAUCAUCGCUUACAUCGUUUAUCAGGAAGGCAACAAUUGAUUAG